CUGAGCUACACCUCGUGGCUUACCGCUAUCAUAUUGUAGGAGUAUCCAAGUUAUAGAGAAAUCUGGUGGGCGAAAAAUUAAGAUAGGCGAAGUUAGGAAGGUUUUUGUGUUUGAUUGGUGAAGCAAAAUGACUGGAAGAGCUAAAGGUCGUACUCGUGGUAGAGGUAGGGCUAGACAACCUCAACAAGAAGCUCGAAGACCUGGAGAAGAGAGUGGAAGAUCACAUGGAGCAUCACCCCGCAAACUGGUGCACAUCCUCCAACACCACAGGCACCACCACAGGUAGCUCCAUCUGAAAGUGGAGCAGGAGCCCCACCCACCCAAGCUAUGGCACAAAUGAGUGUUGCAGAAGGUGGAGGACGACGACAAUUUAAUCGAUAUGUAGAAGUGGAAUGCAGACCACAAUGGUGUGUUGAUAAACGAGGGUCAAGUGGUACCAGAAUCCAGCUGGUUUCCAAUUAUUUCAGGAUGACCAUGGUUGUAGAUCGUUUGUUGUACCAGUAUCAAGUAUCAUUUUCACCUGAAGUUGAUAAUAAGAAGGUCAGAUUUGCAAUGAUAAAUGGUCAAGGUGAACUGCUUGGUAGACCUCGAGCAUUUGAUGGUAUGAUCCUGUUCAUGCCUAAGAAACUUCCAGAGACUGUUACAAAGGUGAUCACCCAUAGAAAAGUGAUAACUCACCUGUGGAGAUAACAAUUACACUCACUAAUGAGAUUCCAGAAAACAGUCCAUUAGGUCUGCAAGUUUACAAUGUUAUUUUCAGAAGGAUUUUGGGUAUGUUAAACAUGAAGCAAAUUCAAAGACAUUACUUCAAACCAGAUUCACCAAUUGCCAUUCCAAAACACCACCUUGAACUUUGGCCUGGUUUUAUAACAUCAAUUUUGAUGUAUGAACAAAGCAUUUUGCUGUGCUGUGAGGUCUCACACAAGGUUCUGCGCAAGGAAACUGUGUUAGAGUUCAUGUAUGAUCUAAAAGAAAAAAUGAGGAAUAAUGAUAGAUUUUAUCAAGAAGUGACAAAAAAGCUUGUUGGUGAAAUUGUCUUGACACGGUAUAAUAACAAAACAUACCGUGUUGAAGACAUUAACUGGGAGCAACCUGGUGAUACAUUUCAACUUUUUGAUGGAUCAACGAUUACAUAUGCUGAUUACUACAAGAGGCAAUAUAAUAAAGUAAUACAAGAUCCACAACAGCCUUUGUUAGUGACACGAGCGAAAAGCAAAUUUGGUCCAGGUGGAAAGAAAUUAGAUGACAGACCUAUUCAUUUGCUUCCUGAACUUUGUUAUAUGACAGGUUUGUCCGAUGAAAUGAGAAAUGAUUUCAAUUUGAUGAAAGACCUUGCCACACACACUAGAAUAGCUCCACAAGAACGAAACGAUGCACUUGUAAAGUUCAUGAAUGACAUAAAGAGCCAUCCUGAUUGUAAACAGGAACUCGAUGGCUGGGGCAUAAAGUUUGACAAUCAGUUACUUAAUGUUGAAGGGCGUAUUCUUCCUCCAGAAGAAAUGCAACACAAGGAAGAAGGACAAAUUUACACCUACAAUCCAGCUAGUGCAGAAUGGAGCAAAGAGAUGCGCUCAAUGGAAUUAAGAUCUUCCGUUGCUUUAGAUAGAUGGAUGAUUUUAUUUACAGCUCGUGAUAGAGGGAUUGCAGAAGAUUUCUGCCAAACAUUACAACGUGUCUGUGGUCCUAUGAAAAUACCUGUCAGCAAACCAAAGAUGUGUGAGUUGCAAAAUGACAAAACCGAUACUUAUAUCAAGACAAUGCAGGCACAAAUGACAGAUGAUAUUCGUUUAGUAACUUGUAUCUUGCCUACAAAUCGUAAAGAUCGUUAUGAUGCAAUAAAAAAGUUUUGCUGUGUUUCAAAACCAGUGUCUUCACAAGUUAUUGUUGCAAGAACACUUUCUAAGAAACAAAUGUUGAUGUCUGUUUGUACCAAGAUUGGCAUUCAAUUGAACUGCAAGUUAGGCGGCGAAGUGUGGGCUGUUAAAAUUCCAUUGAAAGGUGUUAUGGCCAUUGGUAUUGAUUGUUACCAUGACUCACAAAACAAAGGAAAAUCUAUCGCUGGUUUUGUUGCCAGUAUGAAUCAAUCAUUAACAAAGUACUAUUCUAGAUGUACGUCACAGCAUACUGGCCAGGAAUUGGUGGAUGGUAUUAGAGUUUGUGUAACAAGCGCUCUUCGUCGUUACAAUGAUAUUCACAAGACUUUACCUGAUCGUAUCAUCGUAUAUCGUGAUGGUGUUGGUGAUGGUCAACUUGCUGCAGUUUAUGAGCACGAAGUAAAACAGUGUAUGGAGGUGUUUAAACGAGCAGGAUUUCAAGAACGACCAAAGUUUGGUUUCGUUGUUGUUAAGAAAAGAAUUAAUUCUCGUUUCUUCGCCAGAAGUGGACGUCUUACCAAUCCAAAGCCAGGAACUGUAGUAGAUAGUUGUGUCACUCGUAGGGAAUGGUACGACUUUUAUUUGAUAAGUCAAUCGGUUCGCCAAGGCACUGUAACACCAACACAUUACAAUGUCAUUUAUGAUACAACGGGCCUCAAACCAGAUCACAUGCAAAGGCUCACGUACAAACUAACACAUCUCUACUACAACUGGCCGGGAACAAUCCGCGUACCAGCUCCAUGUCAAUACGCUCACAAAUUGGCAUAUCUCGUUGGCACUGCUGUUCACGAAGAACCCGAUAUUUCACUCUCUGAUAGAUUGUUUUAUUUGUAAAACAUGUACACAGAGUUUAGAUGAAGAUGUGGUUUUUCAAGAUUAACAUCGUUUUUGGAUUUACUUGUUUUGUUAAUGGCUAAAGUCUCAAGUUGUGACACGAGAAUUUCCUGUUGCGUGUGCUGCAAAUGUGGUGGCAACUCUUUUGCAAUUUAUAAAGUUCAACACUAGAUGUACUCAAAUGGUUGUGAAAGAUUGCUCUACGUUGGUUGUGUGUGCUGGGUAAUGUUGCGGGAGAGACUUCUAUCUUCACACAACAAACUUCUCUUAUAGUUAACAAAUUUUUGGUGUCGCUUAUUAAAACCCAGAUAUUAUCUCAAUUACUCAUUUUUGACUGAUGCACAAGCGAGAUUUUUUUAAAUAUUGAAGAUAUUAAAGGUUUUUUAAGUGA